GCGUGGCCACAGCGUCUGACGCGCUUUACGUAAUUCCGCACAUGCGCGGUGUCGACCCUCAAACAGCCCUUUUUAUGCCUAGCGUUGAGCGACUAGCAUCAAACGAGCAUCAAGAUGCAGCUUUUCCUUCGUGCUCAGAACACCCACACCCUUGAGGUGACUGGAGAGGAGACUGUUGGCCAGAUCAAGGCUCAUGUCCAGGCUGUGGAGGGUCUCCUGGUUGAGGAUCAGGUGCUCCUGCUCGCUGGGUGCCCGCUGGAGGAUGAUGCCUCCCUGGCAUCUUGUGGUGUGUCAGAGCACUGCACCCUGGAGGUAGCUGGCAGGCUGCUGGGAGGAAAGGUUCACGGCUCUCUGGCUCGUGCCGGAAAAGUGAGGGGACAGACUCCCAAGGUUGACAAGCAGGAGAAGAAGAAGAAGAAGACUGGCCGUGCCAAGCGUCGCAUCCAGUACAACAGGCGCUUCGUGAAUGUCGUGCCCACCUUCGGAAAGAAGAAGGGACCCAACGCCAACUCCUAAAGGCCUCACUGCGCCUGGAAGCCCACUUUGUACCGAGUUAGAUGUUAUCCUGUACAGAAUAAAAGAUUGGCUUGGUCU